AUGCCCUACCCACGGCCCGUCUCCCCAGUCUCCCUCGAAACAUGCGUGCCUUCGCCCUCUGAGAUAGAUUCAGAUAACUUCCUCGCCUCGGAUGACGAGCUAGAUGACGCUGCCCGAGCUGCAAAGCGUCAGCGGGUCGAGAAAUUAGCGGAGUCUUAUCUGCAGGGCAAACCGUUGUUGAUUCUCUCUGCGUCGCUGCGAGGCCCGUUCAAUGAGGGAUGGGCCAAUCCAUGGAAGAAGAACAGGACGCGUGGAACUGGUGCACCGGCAAGGGCUCGCCAGACAAAUGUGCCCGAGCGGGUGGUUCAGGAGACUGAUUUGCGGGCUCCGAAGUACCGAGAGGGUCUAUCGGUUAGCAGUCGUCGCCCGGAGAUUCCUGCGACAUCGUGCAACUCCCCCAGAACCUCAGUGCAAGCUGGAGGCCGUUGUUCGCCCUCUAAAUCGCCACGGAGAAAAUCCAAGGAACCCACCCCGCGGCCGGGGCAUGGUGGACAAAAUGGAGCAUCGCUACGGUCUCCCCCUAAAUCAAUGGAACCGCCGUCGGCGAUAGUGGAGGAUCAAUCAAUAAUGCCGCCUAGGACAGCGGAUUGGCUGAAGAAGGAUCGGAAGCUCAUGAACUUCACCAAGUUCGAACCGCCGAGCUCGCCAACAAUAUCCAUUGCUACUCGUCAGUCAGAUAAAGCUCGUCGACCGAUGCCUCGAUCUGUUCAAGUCCAGGUUCCACAGACACCGGGCUCGCCAACAAAAUGUCCUCCUGUCAAACAUGUCCCAGUGAAGACAGCUCAGGCUUCUCGUCCCAACUCGAACGGGCACGUAUCCCCACAGUCGACUCGAUCGGCCGCCUUAAAUUUACCCAAAGUCGCUACCGUUCCCAAAUUAUCACCAUUCCAACAAUAUCAGCAAUCUCAUUUGUCGCAGGAAGCUUCUCUCCGAAUAGUCAAUUCUUCCUCUCAGCUUCCGAGGUUUGAAUAUCGGAGGUGGCUUCGUGAACAUUCGAGUCAACAUGAGAAGACUUCCCCUAUGCAAGAUGAAAGUAUCCUGCAAGAAGAAACGUUUUUGCAGGAGGACAGCCCUCUGAAAGAAAAGUCCGUAGUCGAGCACGCACCCGCUAGCCCUAGUCCUACUAGAGAUCAAGCAUUGAAUCAUGCUGAAGCUGAACCCGAACCUCAACCCCCGGCCCCUGACGAAAUAGCAGUUCAAAAUGAGGACUCUAUAAAGAAAGAUGCAAGCCACAAAACUUUGUCGAAAGAAACCAGGUUCGCCGAUGAGGAAGAUUUCAUAGAGAACAAUCUUGCAGCGGAUCAGGCCGCAGGGGAAGAUGUCGCCGAGGAAGUUGCAAACGAGGAAUAUACGUCGACAUUCCAAGACACAGAUCUCUCUGGACCAACAGAGCAAAACACCUACGAUGAUCUCCCUUCUGCCCAACAAGUGCCAGCACCGUUGGGAGUGUCCGAUCGGGUAACGUCAUUGCACUCGACGGCUUUGCCAAGAGGAGAUUCAGGACAAGACUCACCCCCAACCCCUGAUACCCAGCUUUCAACCCAGGCUGCCCUUUUGCAUGCCCAGAAGUCUUUCCAAGACGACCUAGACAGUCCAGAAUAUUACAAUCAACAUACACCGAAUCCGGACCGAGCAGUGCAUUCACCCAAUGCUUCACUUCACUCAGCAAAUGUUACUCCGUUCUACCGUCUAGAAGAGUCAAUUCGACGUGAUCUAGAGCGAAGUUCGAAGUCCAUGAGCAGAGAGGGGAUGCAAGCAAUGAGCACGCAAUUCAUGCUUGAUGCAGCUACUCCUUUCAAUUUCAGCACUGAGCAAGCUGGUCAAGAUCGGAGCUUGAAACCUACGAACAAAAACAUGACACAAGCAAUGAAUACACAGUUCAUGCUCGAUGCAGCUACACCCUACACUUUCAGCACAGAGAAGAGACAGCGUGCAUCUCGGCCAGACUCAUGUUCACCUACAGCGAGAAACUCCAAGAGAAAAAGGAUGACCAACAUCGGAAGCCCCUCUCCUUCUGCUAGGAGUCAAUCAACAUCUCCCGGCAACGAAUAUCACACUGCGGAAUCCCAAUCAGGUGAAGAUGAAGAAAUUCCACAACCAGUAGCCCAACAGUUGGAUCAUCAACCAACUUAUCAAUCUGCCACAGAGGCUGCGUCUUUGCCCCUCACCCUAAGCGGGUCAGUACCAACAACAGCCCAGGAUGGACAAGGUGUCCACCAGGGAAUGGAGAGUUUCAACCUCAGCCAGGCAAUUGCAGAUGCUGGUAGUUGGCUGCAACAAAGUUUUGAUUUCAUGAAGGACAGCGGUCGGCCGAGUCAGAGUCUCAAAGCGAUUCCGACCUCUGACGCGCAACCUUCCCCUUUACACAUGGAUCUAUCUCAAUAA